GACUUAUCUUUCUGUGAGUGUUAAAGUAUAUUGUGCAAAAGUACCAAAACGACCAUGUCCAACAGAGCCCAAUUCCUAUGGGGGCUGGUUGUACUUCUCGCCAAUGGUGUAAGAAGUGAUUACGACUGUGUGUGUAACUACAAAGUCGAAGCUGCGGUCCAGUCUGAUGCAUCCACUUCCGGCCAGGCACUCGGAUACAUGUACGAGUUCGAUUGUAAGGCGAAGGGCUACGAGUCUCCAGAACCAGAUUGGCUAGUCAUUCAGUUUGAACACAAGUAUGGCUUUAUCCAUAAAGACAGCAACAUCCAGGUACAGACGUGUCCUGGAAAUCCACCUGACUCCGACCAAGUGCCAACAACCACAGUGGAGGUAACCUCUACGACGACUUCACAGCUGACAACUACAUUGCCCUCAACAACAAUGACAACAACACAACAACCUGUAUCAACAACGACAACAACAACAACAACAGAAGCAAAAACAACAAUAACAACAACACCAACACCAUCACCUACUACAACAACAGCAGCAACAACAACAACAACACCAUCAACAACAACCUCUACAACAACAAUGAGAACAACAACAACACAAUUACCUACAACUACAUCAAUUCUAACAACGACAACACGCACUCCAACAACUGCAUCAACUGCUACUACAGCGAGGCCGACCACCACACUACAAACAACUUCAGCUCCAAGCACAACAACAAGGACACAAUCAACAACAACAACAACAAGGCAAACUAUAACAACCACCAAACCGAUGACAAUGUCGACAGCUCAUGUCGCCUAUGCGUACAACUGUUCGGCAACCCAUUUUAACUACGCAGCGCAUGACCACGGGACCCUUUUCACGGUUGGUAGAACAUGCUACGAGAUUGUUCCUGUACAUCACACCUGGUCAUAUGCGGAAUCUGACUGUAAACAGAGAGGCGGCCACCUUGCGCACAUAUCCGACAGUUAUCACCAAACUGCCGUUUACAACGUCGUCAGGCAAUAUCAUGGAGACGAUGUUUGGAUUGGUCUACAUGACAAGAACCGUGAAGAACAUUUCGAAUGGACAUCAGGAGAUCCCGUUAGUUACACCAACUGGAUGCCCGGGCGAAAGGACAUUUUCUUCCACGCAUUCGAAGACUGUGUCAGUUUAAGUCUAGGACAAUAUGCAGGAAGGUGGGAAGAUGAAGAAUGCGGGAACACCUAUGGAUAUGUGUGCGAGUUUGCGGCUGUAUUGGCACCAGUGGACUCACAUGCAUCACCGGCACCGACAACGUCUUCCAUAAAAGGAAAUAUAAACAUGUGUCCACCAAAAGCCGUAUCCUUAGCACACCGCUAUGGAACACUAUUAGUACAACAUGACAGGAGCUGCUACGAACUGCUGCACAAUAAAGUCACAUGGGACCACGGAGAGGCCCUGUGUCAACAGGCAGGGGGACAUUUAGCACACAUUAAUAACGCACAGGAGCAGAAUUACAUACAGUCCUUUAUGAUGGCAUAUAAUCCAACGAAAGCCUUCUGGAUCGGCUUACAUGACAGACAAACUGAGGGAAGAUUUGAAUGGACUGCAGGCGACCCUGUGACGUACACAAACUGGAUACCUGGUCAUACAGACAACUUUGUGAGUCACAACGUCGAGGAUUGUGUGGCAUUUGUACCAUACAAAGGGGGAAUCUGGGACGAUAUCCCCUGUGGAUCACAGAGCUUCUUUGGUGGCGACGCUGGAGAGACGCAUCUCUCCCUUUGUGAAUAUAACAUCGCGGCCAGUGGGGGUGUUCUAGUUGGACGCUGAAGUCAAGACAUUGUUAUAUUCGUGUAGUUAGUUGUGAAUUAUACACAAAUAAACACACCAGAUAUC